AUGGUCCCAAAAUUUGAUCCACAAACACGAAAAUGGUCUCCCACCUCACCCGAAGAGGAGGCAUCGGCAGGAUAUGACAUCUGGGGAAGUUUACUGAGACAAGGACCCAAUCCGUUUAUUCAACGAUUGUUUCAAGCGGAUGAAUACGAACAAGGGGUGCUCAAGUUCAUGGCUGGAGACAAGGUGGAUCGAAAUACGGCACAAGCGGAAAUGGAUGCCUAUCUGCAAAAUCCAAAUGAUUGGGCCUACAAUCGCGUCAAUGGAUACAAUGUGGACUACCUCACCUUGAAUCCCAAACAGAUUGGAUUGACGCUGGCUUGGGCUGCCAUUAUUGUACCACUACUCGGAAGAGCGAUAUAUUGUGGCAUUACUCGUGACAAUGUUUGGGCCAUUUUGCCGUAG